UGGCUCACAUGAAGGUCAUAGCGUUUCAGGGUAACCCCAAGGCCACCAGCCCGCCCGCUCGUCCUCUGAAACUGCAGCCCAUUGAAAACCCCGACCUGACCCCGAGCCCCGACGUCCCCCUGGCCAUCCUCAAGAGGAAGAUGAUGAAGUCCAACGACAUCAGAGUGGCACGGGGGCUUCUGGGGGAGAUCGACGCCCACCUGAAGGUCAGAGAGAUGCUCGCUGCCACAAUGCGCAAAAUAGUCGACAUGGUGACCGGUGACCGGCUGAGGAGCGAGGAGGUUCUGAACGAGCACGCUGAACUCAGCCAGUAUAAAUGCUACAAGGCUGCAAUGACCCACUACAAAUACACCUGUUUCAACUGGCACAAAACCAAGUACGAGUACGCUCUGAGACAUCUGUACGCUCUGGUCAACCUGUGUGAGAGAGGAUACUCUGCAGACAGCAUCCAGACGGCCAUGGACGCCACGUGUCACUUCAGAGAGUAAAGGACUUUCUGCAAACCAAUGAAAAAUCUCAAACCAAACGUCUUCCUGCGUGGAAGGCCCAGAAGACGACCAGCUUCUCUUUGCACUGCUUAGGAAUCAAUCUGACAUGGAGUUGACCGUAUCAUUAUUUUAUCAACACACUAACACUUUUUUUUUUUUUUUUUUACUUGAGAAUUUUAAACUUGUUUUAUGAUGAGAUGCACUCUUGCUGUGAAGAUUGUUGGAUAUUUAACUGCUUCUGAUUGUUUUGAGGACACAAUGAUUGCAUGGACUGUUGAACAUUUGGUUUGCUCUCAGCUUUACGUGUUUCAUGCACAUGUGAAGGACAAACUACUGAACAGAGAAUGUUUUCUGAAACCUCAAGACAUGUAGUAACAGGGAUCUUAAAAUCCUAAAUAAAUCAACCAAAACUCUGAAAA